CCCUACGUGGUGUUGUAAUCGCUAAGAAAUGUCUUAGCAAUUAACCGGAUCGCAGGUCGCAGAACCAUACCCUUUGAAUCAUUUGAGUUUAAUAUAAAAGCUAUUAUGUAUUGAAUGAUCUGUUAACAUUCGUAGUAUCGGAAUAGUGGACCAAUUUUGUAUCAUGGCGUUACAAGUUAGUAGAUAUUGUAUGACAGUGUCACGAACUCUAAUAAAUACGAAUUCCAUUACAACCCGGCUGAUGAGUGCAACAUGCAGCGAUAUAUCUUCUAAAUUUUUACGCUAUCAAGAAUAUGGAGAACCAAGCAAGGUUCUAUCAGUUCAUACUGACAAACUAGCUAAGCCUACCAAAGACCAGGUAAUCGUGAAAUGGCUUCUAGCUCCUCUCAAUCCAGCUGACAUUAAUACAAUCCAGGGUAAAUAUCCCAGUAAACCUCAACUACCGGCUGUGCCCGGUAAUGAGGGUGUGGGUGUAAUAUUGGAAGUUGGACCUGGAGUUAAGAACUUACAAGUUGGUGAUAAAGUUGUACCAAAUACAGGGCAGUCUGGUACAUGGAGGACACAUGCAACUUAUAAUUCGCAGCAAUUACUCAAGGUCCCGAAAGAAUUGGGGAACAUUGAGGCAAGUAUGCUCAAUGUGAACCCAUGUACUGCUUACAGAAUGCUGAAGGACUUUGCAUGCCUGAAACGUGGCGAUUCGGUCAUUCAGAAUGGCGGUAACUCUGCUGUUGGGCAAUAUGUUAUACAACUCUGUAAAAUUUGGGGUAUCUUAAAUGUCAGUACCGUCCGUGAUAGACCAACAAUUUCAGAUCUAAAGGAGGAGUUGAUCAACCUAGGAGCCACAGAAGUACUGACUGAAGAAGAAAUCCGUACAUCUACAGUUUUCAAAAAUAAAUUACCAAGGCCAAAGCUAGCUUUGAAUUGCGUAGGAGGCAAAAGUGCUUUGGAAAUAUUAAGACACUUGGAUAACAAUGGCACUAUGGUAACAUAUGGAGGAAUGUCUAGGGAACCAGUUACCGUACCGACAUCAGCUCUGAUAUUCAAGAAUGUGUCAGUGAAAGGCUUUUGGGCAUCGCAGUGGUCAAAGGAGCAUUUGGAAUCAGAAGAGCGUCAGCUAAUGUAUGAUGAAUUAGCACAACUGCAUAUCGCAAAAAAGUUGAAGUCCCCUGCAACAAAACUUGUACCAUUUAGCAACUACCAGGAAGCAGUUUCGAAUGCCCUCAGUCUUGAUGGAAAAACAGGAGUAAAAUAUGUCUUGGAUAUGACCAAAGAGUAAAAGCAUACAAACCUAACCAUAAGAUGAAACACGUUACAAAGUUAUAGAAGAAACUAUCGUGGGCCUAUAGACAUACUGAUGUGUAUCCGAGUAUUUCAACAAAGGUCUCAUAGGUGCUACAACAGUGCUGUACAUAGGGAUAUUGUGUAAAGUGAAUUCAAAACAUCACGUUGAGAGCAAAUUAAACUUGCAAUAAUCAAUAAAAUUUGUCUUGUGUUCCAUAA